AUGAGGUUCUUUGCCGCCUUUGUCGUCCCGGCUCUCGUCGCUGCCACCCCUCUUGGAGGUGUUGGAGGCACCAAUGGCGAUGUCCCAUCUCCUGAUCAAAUUCAGAUCAUUAGCACCUCAAACUCUGGCAAUGGAUGUCCCCAGGGCACCGUGACUACUGACAUAUCUCCUGAUAGAACCGUCGUCACUUUUGGUUUUGAUGGAUUUCAGACAUACAUUGGUCCCGGCUUCACUGCCGCGGACAAGACCAAGAACUGCCAGCUGCACCUGAAUCUGAAAUACCCGGGAGGGUUCCAGUUCGCCAUUGUCGAGUCUACCUAUCACGGAUACGCUCAGCUUGACAAGGGAGUGACGGGCACCUUUUACUCCACCUACUUUUUCUCGCAAGAUGCAGCAGCAACGACUACGACUCAAACAUCCAUCACCGGAGGAGGCACCUGGGCUGAUGGACAAGUGUACACCAAGCAGGAUCAGAUUCCCACCACCUCGGUGGUCUGGUCCCCCUGUGGACAGACGGGAAUUCUCAACGUCAACAAUCGCAUUGCGCUCACCAGCAGCAACAGCACUGCCUCUGGUCAGAUCUCCGACGAUGAUGCUACAGUCGCCUUUACUCAGCAACUGCACGUUAGCUGGCAACCAUGCAAGUAA